CCCGUACAAGCAGAGAAGAUCACAUUUCCCUCAGUUUCAAAUCUUGAGCUGCAUUUCUACCAUUCCGGGCGACGCCGGCAUGGGUGCUACUACCACGAACAAGAAGCCCCACGCUGUGUUCGUGCCGUUCCCGGCUCAGGGGCACAUCACGCCGAUGAUGAAGUUGGCAAAGAUCUUCCACUGCAAGGGCUUCCACGUCACCUUCGUCAACACCGAGUAUAACCACCGCCGCCUCGUCCGUUCCCGCGGUCCUGAUGCCGUGGCCGGCCUUCCGGACUUCCACUUCGCCACCAUUCCUGACGGCCUGCCCCAGUCCGAGGCCGACGCCACGCAGGACAUACCAUCCCUCUGCCAUUCCAUCAUGACCACCUGCCUCCUCCCCCACCUAAAGAACCUACUCCGCGACCUCAACAGCGCAGCUGGGGUGCCUCAAGUGACGUGUGUCAUGGCAGAUGCUGUCAUGAGCUUUUGUUUGGACGCUGCGGCAGAGCUCAGUGUGCCUUGCACGCUGUUCUGGACUGCCAGCGCCUGCGGUUUCAUGGGCUACCGUAACUUCCGGUUCCUCCUAGACGAGGGCAUUGCCCCUCUCAAAGACGAAGAGCAAGUGAAGAACGGCUACUUGGACACGCCGGUGACACCGGCACAGGGGAUGAGCAAGCACAUGCGCCUCCGAGACUUCCCUUCCUUCGUCCGCACGACGGACCGUGACGACGUGAUGUUCAACUUCCUGAUGCACGAGGUCGAGCAGUCGGGCCGUGCGGCCGCCAUCAUCCUCAACACUUUUGACGAGCUCGAUCAGGUGGCGCUGGACGCCAUGUGCGCCAUCCUCCCCCUCCCCGUCUACACCAUCGGCCCGCUUAACUUCCUUGCCAAGCAGGUGAUUCCUGACGGCGGCAAUGGCAGCGCCCAGCUCGCCGCUAUACGCCCCAGCCUUUGGAGAGAAGACCACUCCUGUCUUGAGUGGCUCCGGGGCAGGGAGCCUGGGUCCGUCGUGUAUGUCAAUUUCGGGAGCAUAACCACCAUGUCCAUCCAAGAGCUGGUAGAGUUCGCCUGGGGGCUGGCCAACUGCGGCUACGACUUUUUGUGGAUCGUGAGGAAUGACCUAGUGAAGGGUGAUGCCGCUGUGGUACCUCCGGAGUUCCUGGAGGCGACCAAGGGUAGGUGCCUCCUAGCGAGCUGGUGUGAACAAGAGGCGGUGCUGCAGCAUGAGGCAGUGGGUGCCUUCUUGACGCACUGUGGGUGGAACUCGAUGAUGGAGGGCCUUAGUGCCGGGGUGCCAAUGUUGUGUUGGCCCUUCUUCGCCGAGCAGCAAACCAACUCCCAUUACGCGUGUGUGGAGUGGGGCGUUGGGAUGGAAGUUGGUGAUGAUUUGCGCCGAGAGGUGGUCGAGGCGAGGAUACGGGAGGUGAUGGGAGGAGAAGGGGUGGGGAGAGAAAUGAGGCGGAAGGCGGCGGAGUGGAGCGAGAUAGCCGUUCGUGCGACGACACAACCUGGUGGCAGGUCGUUGGCCAACCUUGAGAGUAUGUUCAAGGAUGUACUACAGACCGCCCCUAAGAGUGCUGGGUAGAAUUCGGAAUUUGAGAUGCAUGCGGAUCCAACCGACAGGUUGGGAAGUGUGAAUCUGAGUUUCUGCAUGGACUGUUGAUCCAAUAAGGCGUGUGCACUUGGCCAUGAGGCUAGCAUUGUUUGGUUGGGUUGUGGCCGUGCGAGAAGUUAGACUUUGUGCUAGGGAAACAAUGUUUCGCCGAAUCAUAUGGUCGUGUGUACAUGUAAUGUAUUUUCAAUUAUGUUUGUGAGACUUUAUACUUUGAAAAGAAUAUGGCUACGUGUAUCAGUCGAUGGAGAGGCAAGGC